CGGACACCCGCGCAGUUGGGUGGCGUGCCCAAGCAUAAGACGAAUUUCAAGGGGAUAUCAUCAUGGACGUCGAGAAGAAAGUGAUUGUGCAGGACGAAGAGAUCGAAGACGACGAGGAGGAAGACGAAGUCGUGGAAGGCUCUGCCGCCGCGGAAGGCGGUGACGCCGCUGCCAAGAAGAAGAACAAGAAGAAGAACAAGAAAAAGAAGAAGAAGGCUGCCACAACCGCUGCUGGCCCUGGGACCAAAUUGCCGCCGUUCCGCGGCGUGACGGGGUUUACGGACAGCUACAUCCAGUACGGUCAAACGGAACCCCCGACGAUUCCCGUGGCCAAGUUGUUCGCAGUGGGCUCAUUCCCCAAAGGCGAGGAGCAGAACCACCCGGGCGACUUCAACACGUACCGCAUCACGAGCGAAGAAUUGCGCGCCGCCGAGCGGGAGAACGAAGCGUUCUACGACCGCGUGCGGUAUGCGUCCGAAGUCCAUCGCCAAGUGCGCAAGUUUGCGCAAGGACUGAUCAAGCCCGGCAUUCGCCUCAUUGACCUGUGCGAAGCGCUCGAGAACAAGAACCGCGAGUUGGUCGAAGAAGCAGGGUUUGCCCGUGGGAUUGGGUUUCCCACGGGUUGUUCGUUGAACCACGUCGCAGCUCAUUACACGCCGAACGCCGGGGACCACACCGUGUUGACGUACAAUGACGUGAUGAAAAUCGAUUUCGGCACCCAAGUCGACGGUCGCAUCAUCGAUUCGGCGUUUACGGUCGCGUUCGAUCCGCAGUUUGAUCCGCUUCUGGCAGCAUCCAAAGCAGCCACGAACGAAGGUGUGCGACAGAGUGGCAUAGAUGCGCGGCUGGGCGAAAUCGGCGCUGCCAUCCAAGAAGUGAUGGAAUCAUAUGAAGUUACAAUCAACGGCAAGGUGUACCCUGUGCAAUGUAUCCGCAACUUGAACGGCCACUCGAUUGGGCCGUACCAAAUUCACGCUGGGAAGAGCGUGCCCAUCGUCGCCACCCCCGAGCAAACCAAGAUGGAGGAGGGCGAAAUCUUUGCCAUUGAAACGUUUAAUACCACUGGCCGCGGAUAUGUGGUGGAAGACAUGGAAUGCUCGCAUUACGCCAAGGCGUUCGAUGCGCCUCAUGUGCCGCUCCGCCUACCUCGCGCCAAGAAACUUCUGUCGCAUAUCCAGCGGACUUUUGGAACUUUGCCAUUUUGCCGGCGCUGGCUCGAGCGCGAAGACGGCGGGUCGAGUUUUAUCAACCCCAAGGGCGCCAAGCAGGAAAAGUACAUUAUGGGACUUAAAAAUUUGGUCGAUAAUGGCAUCGUGACGGCGUACCCGCCGCUAUGUGACAUCAAGGGCAGCUACACGUCCCAGUAUGAGCACACUCUGAUUUUGCGACCCACGUGCAAGGAAGUCUUAUCCCGCGGCGACGACUAUUGAUCGGUUGGACAAGAGUAUUGGUUGAAGCAGCAGGAUAUAAAGAUUUAUAUGCAGAUACUCUCUCAUGUGCCACGUGGCUAGCAAUCCGACCUACUACUAGUAUAUACUACGUACUACGUUAGUAGUAUAACGUUAAGCUACGCUUGGAU